AUGGCUCAAUUUGCUGAAUUAACUUCAGUCACCCAACAGUUUGAUGGUAAGGUUGUGUUAAUGGGGGAUUUUAAUGCCAUUUCUAAUCAAUUGGAGAAAGAAGGUGGGGGUGCUAAAUCUCCUUCUUCUAUUGAAACCUUUAAUAGUUUUAUUGAUGAUAAUUCCCUGAUUGAUAUUGGUAUGGUCGGAAGACCAUUCACUUGGUCAAAUAGACGGAGGGGUGAUGAGUUGAUACAGGAAAGACUGGACCGAUUCCUGGUAGGAGUUGAUUGGCAGCAACUCUAUCCCAAUGCAACGGUUCUUAGACUGUCAGAAUCAGGCUCGGAUCAUGCCCCUCUUCUCCUAGACUCUAAUACGAGAACUGAGAGAUCUAAACGCCGAUUCAAAUUCCAAGAAAGAUGGUGUUCCAAUAAUGAAAUAAGGCAGAUUGUUAGAGAGGUUUGGCAUGAACAGAUUGAUGGUUUAGCCAUGUAUAUCCUAGCUCAAAAAAUAAAGCGUUGUCGGCAUAAGAUUGUCAAAUGGCAGCAAGAACACAGAUCUAAUUCGAAGGUGGAGAUUGAUUUACUACAGUCGGAAUUAGAGGAACUUCGUUUAGCAGGAAUUCAUGGAGGCGACAUCAUUUCAGAAAUAGAGGACAAACUUGAAAAAGCAUUGCAAAAUGAGGAAUCUUAUUGGAAAGAUAAGUCUAGAGUCAAAUGGCUCAAAUCUGGUGAUCAGAAUACAACUUUCUUCCAUCAGAAAUUUAGAAAUCGAACCCGAAGGAAUAGAAUUUGGCAACUAACUGGCAAUGAUGGUGAAGUGGCUACUUCAAAUGCUGGUAUUGCUUCUGUGGCUGAAUCUUAUUUCAAGGACAUCUUUUUCUCCACUUGUCAUGAGAACCCUGAACCUCUGUUUACUGAUUUUGAACCUAAGGUUACAGCUCACAUGAACCGUAGGCUUCAAAGACCAGUGACUAUGGAGGAAGUGAAACGCGCAACAUUUAGCAUUCAUCCUCAAAGUGCUCCAGGAGAUGAUGUUAAGAGCUUCUUUUCUGGGGGCAGAAUCUUGAAGGGUUUUAACCACACUCAGAUCUGUCUUAUUCCCAAGAUUUCUGAUGCUAAAGAUAUGACUCAGAACAAAAAAAGGGGUCUCGAAAAUGAAAUGGCGCUAAAAUUAGAUAUGAGUAAGGCAUAUGAUAGGGUGGAAUGGCACUUUCUUUGGUUUAUAUUGGAGAAGUUUGAUUUUGACUCUCGAUGGAUCAUGUGGAUUCAAGAAUUAGUGACAACUGUUUCUUAUUCUGUUAUUAUGGAAGGACAACCUUAUGGUUUCUUCAAACCAAAUAGAGAAGGUCUCUCCUUCUUGCUACACAAGGCAGAACAAAACAGACUAAUUCAGGGUCUUCAGAUACAUAGGCGAUGUCCCAAGGUCAACCACCUCGUAUUUGCUGAUGAUUCUAUUUUAUUCUGUAAGGCUAAUCCUGAAGCAUGUUCAAAUAUCCUGUAUUUAUUGAAUUCUUAUGAAAGCAUCAGUGGCCAGAGGGAUAAAUACCUUGGUUUACCUUCUACAGUCUCUAAAUCGAAAAAGGCUUCUUUUAGUAUGAUCAAAGAAAAGGUUCGGAAAAGAAUCCAAGGGUGGAAGCGCAAUCUUCUUUCGUCAGGUGGUAGACACGUAUUGCUUAAGGCAGUGGAAGAAGCUAUUCCUAUUUAUACAUUGUCUUGCUUCAAGUUGCCUGAUGGUUUAAUUUCGGAAAUUCACUCUCUACUUUCUCAGUUAUGGUGGGGACAAAAAGAAAUUGGAGUCUUACCUUCUUGGAGAUGGAGGAGCUUACUGGAAGGCCGAAAGAUUGUUGAAAAAGGUCUUAAUUGGGCUGUGGGUACUGGUGAGAAUAUCCGAAACUUUGAGGAUCCUUGGCUGCCUCCUCCGUAUCCUUUAAUGAUUUCUGACAUGCCAAAUAGACAGGCUAUUUCUGAGUUGUUUCCAAGAGUUAAAGAUCUAAUUACUGAAGAUAGAAAUUGA